AUGUCGACUAUUUACAGCCAUCCGUCUUCACGCCAUUCCCACCGGUCCCAUUCACACUCUCGAUCUAUGUCCGACUCGCGUGGUCCUGUGUACAUCAGCUCUGCUUCAUCGCACGGGUCUGGCCGUUACCAUGCUGGAAGUUCCUAUGGCGGCUCGUACUCUUAUCCCGACCGUGAACGCUAUGCCAGUGUGACAACCCUCCAUCGACCGCCAUUGCCUCGCUCAAGGAGUUUCACCAGUCUAGUUGGCGAGCCCAGUAUCACCGUUAUCCCUCCUUCUCGUAGCCAUUCCCGCAGCGAGCUCGGAUAUGAGCCGCAGUAUACAGAAGAUGGCAAAUUAACGAUCUCUACUAUGGUCCGACGCCUGUUCGGUCUUGGGCCCAAACCGGUCAGCACAGUGAAAGUAUACGAUGGAAGCAACAGCUUGUUCCCCAAGUUGGGCCGCAAGAGCUCUAGGUCAUCUUCCCGCUACGUUUACCCAUCAGCUCAGGGAUCUCGUCAACCUGUGCAAGCUGUCUACCGAACUCACUGA